AUGCCACCAAUCACGUUAGACGAAGUCCAAACGGCAGUAACCAACGUGAAGCCCGACAAAGCACCAGGGCCAGAUGGGAUCCCCAAUCUGGUCCUACAAAGGCUGCUCCCUACUAUCGAGGCCUAUCUCUCGACAACAGUCAUCCUUCGCAAGCCUGGAAAGCCUGAUUACUCUGAUCCAAAGGCAUACCGCCCAAUAGCGUUACUGAGCACGAUUGGCAAAGCACUAGAAUCAGUGUUAGCCAGACGUCUCAGCUAUCUAGUGGAGCAAUAUAAUCUUUUACCAAAGCAACAUAUUGGAGGAUAUCGCGGCCGCUCAUGCGAACUAGCAAUCCAUCUCUUACUAGAAGAGACCCAUAGUGCGUGGAGAGAGGGCUCACGAGUAGCCUCAGGGCUUGCACUUGACGCGGCAGGGGCUUUUGAUAACGUCAAUCAUAUAAGGCUGAUACACGACCUACGAAAGCGCCGGGUGCCAGAUGACCUGAUUGGCUGGAUUGAGAGCUUUCUAAGCAAUCGCCGCACGUCAAUCACACUCCUAGAGGGCAAUAUGGGGGAAUUUCUAAUCAAUACAGGCAUUCCGCAGGGCUCCCCAUUAUCACCAAUCCUAUUCCUAUUCUUUAAUGCAGAUCUUAUUAAGCAGAUACUCGCCGAGUGCCCGGACGUAAUUGUACUUGGAUAUAUUGACGACAUCUUCAUCAUGACAUAUGGGACCUCCGCCGCAGCCAACUGCCACACACUCACCAAAGUACACUAG